AUGAAUUGGUCGCCGCUGACGGCCGAGUGCUCCCAGGCGGUUGCGGACGUCCUGAAGGAUGUUGCACAGCAGCGCCCGAAGGACCUCUUCGGCUUCGUCAUAGCAGAGCUCGAGAGGAAGAGCACGCUGGAUCCGAGUGAAUUCGAAGCCCACUUCUUGGAAUGCAAGCGGCAAUCUCGCACCUACGUUCUGGAAGACCGGUGUCCUUCCAACGAGGAUCCCAUGGUCUGGGUUCCCAUGCGCUACAACGACGAUACCAUCCUGCUGAAGCAGCAGAGGCUGGCCCAUGAGCUUUGGAUGGACGUCCUGUCCGUCGAGGAGCUCCCGACCGGCAAGGAGCUCUUUGACAGGGCACUCGUCGCUUAUCCUGAGCUGAACUACUUGCGGGACUCCCCAGCCGAGGCCACAGCAGCGCAGGUGGUCCGCGGACUCUGCCUUUGUUGCAGCGGCUGCCCCACGGCCCUAGAGACGAGCCUGGAGGAUGACAGUAACUCUUUGACCUUCUCGUGCAAGGGCCUGCUCAUGGGCACCAAGACCUCGCUUUUGGAGCCAUUGGCCCUGUCUCAGGAGGACUUAUCGGCCAAGAUCGAGGGCAUCGAGGGGAUCCUCCUCUUCGUGGUCCUUCGGCUCCUAGGCGGCCACGAGGCCUUCUGCCGUUACUACGGCCUCUCACCGGAGGAUCCGUCGGCAGUGGCCGUUGCCAUCCUCACCCACACGCCUGAAGCAAUGCCUUCCGUGAAAAGACUUCCAGCGAGCUCGCGGAAACUUCUCUUGGCAUCACUCCGGGCCUACCUGCCGUUCCACAUGAUCCUCGGCUCUGAGAUGAUCCCUUGGCACAUGUUGGAGCUCAAGGAGUCCUUGGUACCUUGUCAGGGAUUGCUCUUCCUCCUGGCAGCCCUCGCCGUGGAGUACGCCGCUUCUCAGCGCCUCGUGGAGGUUGCGCCCGAGGUCGCCGACGUGGUGAGGAUCGUGAGCGCCUCUGCGCCGAACAUCGAGAAGCAUUCUGCCUCCCGCGCGUACGAGCUCUACCUUAGGCGCCGGGCCGAGUGUCACCAAUGGCGCUUGGUGCGAGACGACUUUCGGCACCGUGCCGUCAUUCGACUCUGCUGUAUGGCUGGCACAGAGACAACGAAAGCGUGGGAAGAGAUCAAGAAGGCCGUGGAAGGUCUCCCCGAAGCCGCACGGGGGAGGAUCGAGAACGAGCUCGGGCUGAAGGAUGGUGUCACGAGCACGCCCGCCUUUGUCCUGGAGGGGGCCUCUCAGUUCAUGACCCAGGUCGGUAACAAUCCACACCUGGACUACCAGUCGGGGGUGCACCUGCUGGCCCGGGUGUUAGAGGAGUUGGUGGCGAACUACGACGAGACCGCUGUCCCACAAUUGCAGGUUCAGAUGUCUGACUUGGCAGCCAAAGCGCAGGGGCACGACGGCUCGACCCCGCUGCAGGACCUCUCCUUCUCCGUGGAGGAAGUGGGACCAACGCUUCUCCGCGUGACCUGCUGA